AUGUCACAAGCAGGAAACCCACAAGAAAAAAAUUCUUCAUCAGAAAGUGAAAUAACUUCAUUUUUAUCUCAUCUUGGAAGUGAAAUUUAUCGAAAAAAUAUUCGUGAAAAAUUAAUCGAACGUCGAAAAAGUAAAGAAGCUGAAAUACGCAUGCGUCAAGAGGAAAUUCAAGUUAUCGAAGAUAUGCUUCAGUUUAUUAAUCAAUAUGAAAUCAAACAUUCAUCAAUUGUUCCAACUAGUCAAGUCCCAUAUCAGCAAAAUAAACAUCUGGCCAGAGAAGAAUUUUCUGUAAACGUAUUUGAUACUAAUAAUGAUUCAACAUUAUUUAAUAAUUCUCUAUCUGGUGCUGUUGAAGAUUUUACCCUUCCAACAAAUACUAACGAUGAUGCAAUAAUUGAUCCAUUAUCAUCAUUAUUUUCUCCAUUAUCAACCACAUUUUAUAUUGCAUCUCCAAUAAUAUCAUUAUCAAAUCCUUCAUCAAAUAACGAUUCAGUAGACGACAACACUUGUCUAAGGUCAACACGAAAUUCAUCUAGAGACAGACCGUUUACACAAGACCCAUUUCCUUAA